CAAUUUUACUUUUGCUACGAUAUCUCUUAAUUUAAAAAGAGACGAUCGAAUUAGUCGCACUUCUCCCACCAACCAAAAAUAUGCCAACAGCUCAUUUUUGGUGAAAAAGGCUCUUACCUGUCCAAGUGGAUCUCAUCUAUAUCCAGAUA